GCUCGGGUCCAAAAUUAAACUCAAGGCAUUUUUAGCAUUUGCAUCAAAAAUAAAUUCUGUUUACUUUUGUUUACAGCGAAGCGGUUGUUGUUUUUCAGCGAAGAGCUUUUUCAAACGCCCCGUAAGAAAGCGCAGGUUGCCUCGUUUGGACUCGUCCCGUGGGCCGGUUCUGGACGGAUCUGGCCCAAACGCAGGCGACCCGUCUCUCCCCCUGACACACCCAAAGACAAAAGGCUGCUGACAAAAAAAAAAUUACAGCUGUGAAGAAAAUGGACACCGCCACCUCCCUUCUCCGCCUGUUAUCAGCAGCGUGUGAGCAAUCGAACGCGCAGGACCCGCCUAUUGCUGGAACAGCCGUUCCUGCUCCGUAAAGGGUCAAAGUCUGUACGAAACCCGCAGUAGACUGCGCAUAACAGCGGCGAACGGACGGAAUUUCACUUCGCCGAGCGGAAUUUGUGGCUUUUCCCGCGGCCCAUGGCUCCGCUGCUCCAGAUCAGCGUCUUCACACUGCUGGCGAUCGCCCUCACGCCUGUUCCUGUGGGGGGGUCAGGAAACGGACCAGCGUUACACAGACAGAAACGAGAAUGGAUCAAAGCCCCGAGGAAGCUGAAGGAGAACUUCGACUACACCACUUAUGGCGACAUUGCCAAAAUUCGCUCCGAUAAGGAAAAUUUCACCAAGAUAUUGUAUUAUUUAAAAGGGCCAGGUGCGGAUCAGCCCCCUAUGAAUAGAUUUAUUAUCGACCAAAACACUGGUUUUGUGAGAGUCACUUCCAUUCUGGACCGAGAAGAGAUCGCCGUCUAUCAUUUAAUAGGUGUGGCCACCUACGCCGAUGGAAGGGAUGCUGAAAAACAGCUCGACCUUAACAUUGUUGUUGAGGAUGUGAACGACUGCACACCAGUUGUUAAAUCACAGCAGGUGGGGUCUGUCAGUGAGAUGAGUGCACAAGGUACUUUUGUCAUGCAAAUAAUAGCAACUGAUAAUGACGAAGAGAACACGGACCGCUCAAAAAUCUUCUACAGCAUUGCACCGGAAAGUAACCCAGGUGGGAUGUUCUCCAUAGACCCUGACACCGGAAAAGUAUGGGUUCAAAGCCAAUAUAUUGAUCGGGAGACAAAAGACACAUACAAGUUAAUUGUAAGAGCCUCCGACAUGAACGGACAACCAGGAGGAAACACAGGAAGCGGAGAGGUUGAAAUUAAAGUUCUGGACAUAAAUGACAAUAUUCCUACGCUGGAAAAAGAAACAUACGAAGGCAGCUUGGAGGAGAACACUGUCAACGUGGAAGUGAUGCGGGUCAAAGCCAUUGACAUGGAUCUGAUUAACACAGACAACUGGCAGGCUGUCUAUCAUAUCACUUCAGGGAAUGAGGCCGGCUACUUCAGCAUCACCACUGAUUCUGAGACCAACGAGGGAAUCAUUACAGUUCAAAAGGCCCUGGACUACGAGGAAAUGAAGGAAGUAAACUUGCAAGUGUCCGUUUCCAACAAGGCAGCGUACAAUUUUGGCAGUGGCUCUAUGACAGGGGCCUUACACCCAAAAUCCUACCCCAUUAAAAUCAAUGUGAAGAAUCAGAAAGAAGGGCCCCGCUUCCAACCCAACGUCAAAGUGGUGACCAUCUCAGAGGACCAGACUUCAACCAUCAUCCGCAAAGUCAUCGCCAACUACGCAGCUAUUGACAGUGAUACCCUACAGAAAGCCACCAAUGUCAGGUAUGCAAAGAUUGUUGAUGAAGACAAUUGGCUGUUCAUUGAUGAAAAGACUGCAGACAUCAGCCUAAACAAACUACCUGACAGAGAGUCCAAGUACUUGGUCAAUGGAACAUAUUACGCCAAAGUUAUAUGCAUUAGUAACGAGACCCCGUCCAAAACGGCCACAGGGACCAUAGCCAUCCAGGUGGAGGACUUCAAUGAUCACUGUCCAAUACUGACCACAACAAGUCACAGCAUGUGCCUCGACAACAAGGUGAUCUACGUCACAGCCGUGGACAAAGAUGAGUUCCCGAAUUCAGCGCCAUUUGAGUUCUCAGUGGUCCAGGGGAGCAGCAACGGGAAAUGGGCAGUGGAGCAGCUCAACGAAACCACAGCUAUCCUGAGAGACCAAGGCAACUUGUGGCCCGGCAAACACAAGGUGUCGGUGGUGGUGAAGGACCAGCAGGGCAAGGCGUGCGCCGACGUCCAGGUGAUCAACCUCGCCGUGUGUACCUGCACCGAGCAGAUCAAAACCUGUUCAGGACGCAGCACGGCCACGUCCACCUUCGGACCGGGAGGGAUCCUGCUCCUGCUCCUGGGGCUGCUGCUGCUGCUGCUGUUGCCUCUGCUACUGUUGUUCUGCCUGUGUGGCGGUGUGGCAGCCAUGGGAGAUUUCAAGGCCAUUCCGUUUGAUACCACAGAAAAACUGAUGUCAUAUCACACUGAGGGACAGGGGGAAGACAAGGAAGUUCCUCUUCUGCAUAUCCCAGUGGAAGUUGACGGGGUAACAACAAAUGCCAGGAACGUGAACACCUUUGGGAGAAAAGGGUUCCAAGGAGGAAUGACUGAAUUUGGGGCAGGGGGUGGAGGAGCAGGCUUGGGUGCUGUAAACACAACCAUGCUGACAACUGAGAACAUGCACAUGUACAAUCAGUACGGACACUACGGCGGGCACGACGAGAUGGACUUUAGAGGGGCAGGAGGGCAAAACAUGUAUCGGCACAAAGCUGGGGCUUUCGAUGGGAUGGCUGUGUCUGAUCAGUUCCUGGAGGAGUACUACCUAGGCAAAACGGAGUAUGCUGCCCAACAGUCCCAGGAACAGGAUGGCUUGCAGGCUUUUGGCUAUGAAGGUCGUGGUUCCCUGGCAGGUUCUGUGGGUUGCUGUAGCCUCCUUGAGAAUGAUAACGAUCUUUCAUUCCUCGAUGACCUGGGGCCUAAAUUCAAAACCCUGGCUGAGAUUUGCCAGGGGUCAACCUUAGUGGCCGAGUCUGAAAGUGCACACGUGUCCCUGCCCCCGGUUCGACCGGUGUCUCCGGUCAGGCCCUCCACCUCCACGCACAGUCACGUCCACACUCACACCGAAACGGUCAGGGACAGGGAUCGCGUCAGUACCCUCGACACGUCCAACGUAGCAUCAGGAUCGUCCACCAUCUUCCAGGAGGAGCGAAUAACCGAGAAACGCCAAGGUGCCUCCAGCAUCCCCAAGGUCAUUCCCAGUCAGACACUGCUAAUACAGCAGCCCACCAUGUACUAUGCUGCCACCCCUAUGUAUGUAGUUGAGCCCAACCCACAAGUGGUGCUUGUGGCAGGAGGAUCCCAGCAGGCAGUGGGUCAAGUAGGCACAGUUGGUCUGAAUACGGGGCUGAUGCAAGUUGGAGGCCUCCAGGGUUCUCAGGGUGUGGUCCUUGUGGACAGACAGGUCGGUGUAGGGGGAGGGGCAGCCCAGGUGGCGCAAGGCAUUUCACAAGGAACCGUUUCCAGGUCUAGACAAGUGUUGGUGGUGGAAAACGGGUCCGCCGGCGGAGAGCAGGGUAGAGCACAGGGCUCGGCCCAGAUUGGCCAAAGGUCCGCAGUCGCAGGUCUACAGCAGGGCUUUGACGCCACAAGCCAAGGUCUGCAGGUGAAAGGUCAGACGUUUUCCCUGGGUUCACGUGGUUCUGCAGGCUCCAACGAGGACUUUGCCCUGAGUGCCACGCCCAGGGUGCAAGGGAGCCAGAGGGUUGUGAUCCAAAAAAAGGUUUUAGUGACAGAGAGAAAUGUUGAAUCUAGUACAAGGGCAUAAAAUAAGUAUGUUGUGUAGCAUAUACCAGUGUGUACGUAUGCAUUUGCUGAUACAGGAAGGUGGAGGAAGAUCUAUUGUUCCUUCACUACAGGAACCACACUAAGAAACCUGCACUAAACCAGUUCGACCUACAGUCUAUACUUUCGUUGUACUUUUUGGAGUACAGUUGUCUAAUAAAUCAAAGACUGUUGUCAGAUCAGGGAGGUCCCGCCCUGUUCUAACACUCCGAACACUUAUUGCCUUCACCUGGGAACCAUCCCACACCUGGAACUCUUCGAUUAAUUCAAACAGCAGCAGCGAGUACACAUCCACACCCUAACAGGAAUAAGAGCCCAGGAGCAGGUGAAAGUGAGUUCGGUGAAUGUGGAACAAAGUGUUUUGCUUGUAAAAUGGUGCAUUUGUCCAUGUCAAGCAGAAAUAGCAUGAAGUUGUGGCUUUGUUAGCAUUGGUUUUAAAGCUACCCGGCUUGCACAGCUUCAGCUGCUUAACUUCGGCCUGUUGUUCUUAGUUAUACUGUAACUAAUGGGGAGUUGUUCCACAAACGGUUUCCUUGGAAAGUGUAACUAUAAUUGCUGCUUCCACAGUAAAACCGAUAAAAGAAACCAAAGCCAUCAGAGAUUAGAGACUUUUUAUCAGUAUGCAUAAGUAGUGAUAAUAAACUAUAAACCAAAGGCCGGAACGUCACACAUUAUGUACUGAAUAGAGUUGCACUCUUAUAUGUGUAGAAUACCUGUGGGUGUGUUGUACGAAGGCAUAAAAAGCUAAAACAAAUAUGUACAAUAACAAAUUGGCCCAAUUUUUUUUAUGAAUGUAUAUUUUAGCAUAAUUACCAGAUGCAGUUUAACAGUGUUUUAUUUUCUGUGGUCGUCUGUAAAUGUAAUGAGAUAAUUUGGCUUCGUGGGAAGUUGGAGAAUCAAGCACUGACAUUGGUGGAGUAAUUCUGUGUCUGCUGUUGUCGCUAACGCUGCUGUGUUUUCAUCUGUAGCUUGCGAUUGUGCUAAAGGAAUAUAGCACAUUUCUUUGUACAUUUUGCACCUCUGAUCAUAAUAAACGUGUUUUAGAAAACGG